GAUGCAUGCACCAUCAUCCAGUGGUCCAUUGGCUGUACACAAUGCCAUUACUGUUCUACGUUCUUCCACCGUUUCAUUAAACGGUACGAACUUGUCGUGUGAGUAAUGCGAUACACGACAGAUCCUUCUUGCAAUUCUGAUCGAUAAAAAGCCACGAGACAUCACUGAGGAAGAUCGUAACAGUUUGGCUGUUUAGAUUAUGACAUCUAUCGAGAAAUUCGAGAUUUCGGCCUACAAAUUAACACGCACCGCUAACACUUUUUGGAAUCCUGUUUAACGAGAAAUAACCGAUCAAAGGUAUACAUAAAAAAUCAAUGUACGAGGAAGAUAAAGUAUAAUGAUAGCGAAAUUAAUAGUCGUAAUCCUCGCCGCGAGGAUUUGCCAUGGGAAUCCUGAUGCCAAACGACUUUACGACGACCUGUUAUCCAAUUACAAUCGUCUUAUUCGACCCGUUUCAAACAACACAGAUACGGUCGUUGUCAAGCUAGGUCUUCGUCUUUCUCAGCUCAUCGACCUGAAUUUAAAGGAUCAAAUCUUAACGACUAACGUUUGGCUCGAACACGAAUGGCAGGAUCACAAAUUUCAAUGGGAUCCAACGGAAUACGGUGGUGUUACGGAACUCUAUGUACCGAGCGAACACAUAUGGUUACCCGAUAUCGUACUUUACAACAACGCCGAUGGAGAAUACGGGGUAACGACCAUGACAAAAGCUAUUUUACACUACACGGGUAAAGUACUUUGGACACCUCCGGCUAUUUUUAAAUCAUCCUGCGAAAUCGAUGUCAGAUAUUUCCCAUUCGAUCAGCAAACCUGUUUCAUGAAGUUUGGUUCUUGGACGUACGAUGGCUUCCAGAUUGAUUUGAAACACAUUAAUCAAAAUAUGGGAGACAACAAAGUAGAAGUAGGUAUCGAUCUGCGUGAAUAUUACCCAAGCGUCGAAUGGGAUAUUUUGGAUGUACCAGCGGAACGUCACAAAAAAUAUUAUCCCUGUUGCGAGGAACCUUAUCCUGAUAUAUUUUUCAAUAUCACGUUACGUCGUAAGACGUUGUUCUACACGGUUAACUUAAUCGUACCGUGCGUUAGUAUUUCAUAUCUUUCGGUAUUGGCUUUCUAUCUACCUGCCGAUUCGGGAGAAAAAAUAGCCCUCUGUAUCAAUAUACUUCUAUCUCAAACAAUGUUUUUCUUACUAAUAUCAGAAAUCAUACCUUCGACUUCAUUGGCGUUACCUUUGUUAGGCAAAUACUUGCUAUUCACUAUGAUACUAGUCGGUCUUUCCGUAGUCAUUACGAUAAUAAUAUUAAACGUACAUUAUCGUAAACCAAGUACACACAAAAUGGCACCUUGGGUAAGAAAAAUCUUCAUUAGAAGAUUACCUAAAUUAUUGUUGAUGAGAGUACCGGAUGAUCUUCUCAAUGAUCUUGCCGCUCACAAGUUACAUGGGCGUGGAAAAUCUGGGAAAAAGAGUAAAUUCAAUGCAGCCGUCGCGGCUGCAGUUCAAACUUCAUCCAUAGUUUCUUCCCCAGAUUCUGCUCGUCAUCAACAUAUUGGUGGUUGCAACGGUUUACAUACAACAUCUGCACACAAUAGAUUUCUUGGAAGUUUUGGUGGCUACAACGGCCUGCCAACUGUCAUGUCCGGAUUAGAUGAAUCUCUGAGUGAUGUAACGCCUAGAAAAAAGUAUCCCUUCGAACUGGAAAAAGCUUUGCACAACGUCAUGUUUAUUCAACAUCACAUACAACGACAAGACGAGUUCAAUGCCGAGGAUCAAGAUUGGGGUUUUGUCGCAAUGGUUUUAGAUCGACUUUUCCUUUGGAUCUUCACAAUAGCUUCCAUAGGUGGAACAUUUACUAUACUUGCUGAAGCACCUGCACUAUACGACGAUACUAAACCUAUCGAUAUGCAAUAUUCUUCCGUUGCUCAGCAACAAUAUCUACCGAGUUCAGAAUUGUUUGAUCCUGGUCCUUAAAAAUGAUAACUUCAUUUAUUCGUGUAUUUGGAAUACGAUGUACAGUUCAUACGAAAAUCUUGUCUCAUACAAAUACGUUAAAAAAAAAAAAAAAAAAAAAAAAAAAAUAA